AUGGCGGAUGACGGCCAACCUCCCGCCACCCAGAUUACUCCAGAGGAGCAGGAGCUGGCAAGCUCCGGUGAACACCAAAACCUCUCUACCAACAUGUUCUUCGGAAGGAUCGGCUUCCUCGAAAAUAAAGAACUCCUCCCACUCAAUUUGGGAAGGUUUGGCCAGCUUGGCUCUUUCGCUGGCACAUCGCCACUAGAUUGGCAGUCGGAUGCCGACCAAAGGCCCAAACUGGGCCCGCACUGGACUUCCCACUACGGGAAGAACCUCUUUGCGGCGGCUGCGAGCUCGGACCCGAAUACUUUGGGGUUCUCUAUGAACCCGGGCAUGCCAGGAGAUGUCGACACUCCGCCAACUUACGACGAGCAAGAAGCACCACCUAAAGAAGAGGAGACCGAGGAGGACAAGAAAUACUCCCAAAUGACCUUGGCUGACCUUCUCCCUCAGAUGAUGUUCGUGUCGGGAGAGACUGCAGAGCCAUCCAUCGAUACCACCACCCUCAUCGAGGAAAUCACCCGCCAGCAGGUGAUUGAGAUUCUCACACGCAGCACCUCGUUGGCAACUCGCCGGGGUUCACGGUCUAUCUCAACCGAUGACCUUAUCUUCCUCAUCCGGCAUGACAAGGCCAAGGUGUCUCGCCUUCGAACUUUCCUGUCCUGGAAGGACGUUCGCAAGAACGUCAAGGACUCCGAUGACAAGGGAGGUGGCGAUGCUGCCGACUUUGCGGCCGCCGACGAUGCAGCCGGUGCGGUAGCAGGCCCAACAGAUGUAGCCUCGAAGCCCAAGAACAAGCGGGCUAAGGUCGGGCUUGCUUGGGACGUCAACAGCCUAUUCUCUGUCCAAAUACCGGAGCGCGAGGAUGAGGAAGACGAAGAAGAGGAGGAACAAAACUACGCUACCCUCCAGCGCCUGGCCGCGGCCGAUGAGCGCACCAAGUACAUGACCAAGGAAGAGUACGUUUUCUGGUCCGAAUGCCGACAGGCCUCAUUCACCUACCGCAAGAGCAAACGUUUCCGCGAGUGGGCAGGUUUCGGAAUCGUAACCGAAUCCAAGCCAAACGACGACAUCGUCGAUAUCCUGGGCUUCCUGACUUUCGAGAUCGUCCAGACCCUCACUGAGGAAGCACUCAAGGUCAAGGUACGCGAAGACCACGAGAAGAAUCGUGUUGGAGGCGACAAUGGCGACAAUGCCAAGAAGCGCAAGCGCGAGACUGGUCUCUUCGACCCCCCCGAGGAAGGUCGUACCCCCAUCGAGCCACGCCAUAUUCGCGAGGCCUAUCGCAAGCUGCAGGCUACCCCACAGAAGAACAUCGCGAUGCUCCUUCACGGAGCCCGGGUUCCUGCUCGAAUGCCCCUUCAACUGAUCUGA